UCAAGGUUUUAAAGCAAUAACGAUGAACACUGAACAAGUAUCAAUAGAAGUAAAAACUAGACUAAAUAAAGUUUGCAAUCUUUUAAAAGAAAUCGAAGACAUUUUAUGCAAAGCUAAAAAUGAGGUUCAAUCAUCAGAAUGUAACUAUUCAUACAUUUGUAUCUGUGGAAAACAAUCAAUACCUGAAAUGAUAGAAACACAAUCCAACUAUAGCAAAGAUGACGGCAGUAGAAAAUGUGAGAAAACUCAACAAUUUCAUAUGACAUGUUCUGAAAAACGUACAAAAUAUAAAGGCUCAGGCGAAGAAAAAAUGUCUUCCGAUGUCAAUGACAUCAGUCCAUGCAGAAGAAAAAACAAACCAAAUCAUGGAAAAAAUUACACUAACAAUUUAUGCUGCAGUAUAUCUAACAAGCAAAUUGAUAAUAAUACACGAUGUAAUGAAUGUACUCAUGAACAGUUUAAAAAUAAAAUAAAAGAUAUUAAUCAAAAGUACAUGUCAUAUUUUGACGAAAACAAUAAAAAUGAACCAAAAACUGCAAUUGGAUCAACAAUUAAAUCGAAAAAGACAUCACGGUUCUCAUGUACUUAA